AAUUGCUCAUCAGUCGACGUCUUACAGAGGGAGAGGAAGAGGACGAAGAGGGAGAGGAAGGGGGAGAGGAAGAGGACGAAGAAGAGCGUCGAGAGGAAGAGGACGCAUGUAUCAAAGAUCUGCUGACACGAUGGUUUAAACCCAUAGAACCAGUGAAGUUGAUAGCUCCUCCACCACCUAGCACUCUACCAAUCCUGAAAGAAGAGGAAAAGAAAAAACCUGAAUUUAAAGCACACCAUAUGCUUUACCUUCCACAAUUUAAAAAUCCUUUGCUACUUGAAAUAGCUCUCACGCAUCCUCGACCGGAAAAUCCAGUCUUGCUUAUAUAUCACGAUGACCCAGACUUAUUACCAUUCCUUCAAAAAGGACUCAGUUUCAGGAAAUUGGCAUUUCUGGGUGAUGGUCUUCUCAAUGCAGAAGUUGCACGAGCACUUCUUGUACGUUACCCUCAUCUCAGUGCUGGUGAUGUCACUAUCAUACGACAAAGGCUCGUAUCUAGAGACGCCUUGGGUGUUUUUGCCGAAAUCUAUGGAAUACCUCGAUUAAUGGUCGCUCCUCAAAUAAAGGAUCUUUCGAAUAAUAUAUAUGCUGAAGCAAUGGAAUCUAUUAUCGCAGCGCUGGACAUUGAUUCGGGGCGAAAAGAAGUUAGGAAAAUGGUCGAAGAAAUGAUUGAUUAUUCAGAAUAUAUCGAGUUUGCGAGGGCUAUUAUACAGACGGUGAAGUGGCUGCCGUUGAAAAAAAUUGCAAGUAUAAGUGUACUUAAAAAUGAGGAGGGAAAGGAUGACGAAAAAGGUGACGAGAAAGGUGAGGGUGACGAAAAGGGUGAUGAGAAAGGUGACGAGAAAGUUGACGAGAAAGUUGACGAGAAAGUUGACGAAAAGGAACCUUCUAGUCCAGGCAUUUACAACAUUCCGCUAAUCACCGAAAGUUUGCUAGAUGAGAUCUUAAAAUUACUACGAAAUAGCAGAAAAAUCGCUCUUACUAUCAAGAAUUAUUCACAAUCUAUUCUUGAAAACCCUGAAGUAUAUUUUGUAACUGGGACAUCGCAAUUUGGGCUAACUGGAGGUGGAGUAUUAAAUAACAAAGGCUUAGCUUGGGGUGCCCGUAAGACGGCAUACUCGACUGCAGGAACAGCGGGAGUUAUCGUAUAUGAAAUCAAAGGACAAAAUAAAUCUUUAGCCGUUAUGUGGAGUAUCCCAUUUGCGUAUGCCGGUUAUAGGAAUUGGUGGAAUGUUAAAGUUUAUGAAGGUUUAAGGAAACCUAAUAAAGAAAUGUUCCAUGAUAUGUACAAUCAUCAUAGUCCCAAUCGAGGGAACAGUAACCCUUCCGCCGGGGAGCUAAGCGGUGGUUGGAGAUACGAGGGAACGAUGGGAGGCGCUGGACAAGCUGUUCUCAUUGUAGAUUUCAAAGAUGGCAAUGAUGGAGACAAUGCUCUUCCGAAUAGCAAAAACCAGUAA